GCCCACACUACCACCACCACCACCUCACCCACUGUACAAAAUAGACUUCGGAAAGACUUGUUUCUCUAGAUUUUGGCUGCGUAUCUACUACAUAUUGGACAUUGGUUGGGGGGAACACACACGGAGAAUCGGCAGUGUUUUGCUUCAUUGCUACCUGCUUCUUCUCGAGAUAGAAACCUGCCAAUAUGGCAGCGGCGACUGCUGGUUAUGAGUGGAAUCGCUCUUCGCCGCUGCGCUCCUCCCCCGACACGGCCUCGCCCAUGUAUCCCGAUCGACCCAUCCGCCCAAUGCCCAAGCGUCGACUGCGCGAUCGCAUGUCCCCCGAGCAAGCCGAGCACAUAGCGUUUCCUCCCCAUCCUCCUUCGUCCGGGCCCCUCUUCAACUUUCCAUAUGCCUCGAGCGAACGAAACACCCGGAAUCUGCGUUUGGGCGAGAGCGAGCAUCAUGCAUGCCACUGUGGACACAAUCACUCCGAGGUGGAGAGCGAAGAGGACGAGGAUGAACGCGGCGCCCCAAUGCCAUCAUCCCCGAGCUAUCACUAUAGCCGCAAUACCCCUGGGAAGCUCGCGGGACCUCUGGCAUAUACGAAACCCGGCUCGACUGCGUCUUCAGUGGAUGGCUACGAGUCGUUUGAAAAUACCAAUAACAAGAAGAAACGCAAAAUUCCCAACAUGGGCGGUGCAAAUGCACACCACACCAAUUUAUCGGCAGAGAUGGCUAGCAUGGGCAUAUCACACCCCCACGAUAUGGCGACGCUCGACGAUGUAGAGGGAUCGGGGCGCUACUAUGGGUCUGCGCCUUCGACGCCGCAGCAGCAACAGAACAUGAUGAAUGCCAACAAUGGCCCAGGAACAGGCAUUUCGGGGGCGGGCAGGGGAAGAUUUGGACGAUCUGCUUCGGGGAGGUCGGAAAGGCGGGUGCUAGGUAAUUCCACAUCGCUCGCCAAUGCUAAAGCAAGCACCAAACGACCCCCAGACCAGCAAGCCGGCAUCAUCUCUACCGCCAUCGCCAACGCGCAAGCUACACCCCCCCAUCCCGGCAACGAGAACGUGAGCCUGCUGCAGCAGGAAGCGUCCAAGACUCCCACCAACAAAACCCAAUUCACCUUCACUUGCGGCUCCGACUCGGCCAUCAAAAUGGCUUGGCCCGGCCAGGAAAACACCAUGCCCGGUGCGUAUCCUCAGGGCUCCGCUCCACCUCCAUCUCAGACGCGCGCUCGCCCGCCUGUCCGCCCCGAAAACCCAACGCUUGCCAACCAUGGCACCCAGACGAGCCCUCGAGCCAACGGAGCGGGCACCGCCAACCCUGCAUCGCAGCGAGGCCCGCCACCCAACCAGCAAGCCCCACCUCCGCCGCCCCCGCCGAAGCCCCGACGCAGUGCCACCAAGAUGUACCAGUAUGCCGCCCGCAAACGCCGCCUGGCUCAAGAGUACGCCAACAGCCAGAAUCCACCCGACCCUGCUUGGAUCUGCGAGUUCUGCGAGUACGAGGACAUUUUCGGUCGCCCGCCUGAAGCCUUGAUCCGACUCUACGAGAAGAAAGACUUGGCAGACCGUCGGCGGCUCGCUGAGAAACGUAGGCUGCUUGCCAAAGCUAGGAUGAAGGGACGCAAGGGCAAGAAGCAAAGCAAGAAGCAGAACAACGCUGCCAAUGCCCAGCAGUCUCAGAAUCCUCCACCGGGAGGCUACGACAGGCGUCCGGAGGAUGAACAGCUCGACGGACAGGAUGAUUACUACGACGACGACUACGACGAUGUACCACCCAGCCAUAUGUCGCCUGCUAGGUGCUGCGAUCAUCCUGGCUGCCAUUCUCACAAUGUCGCUCGGGCCACUCUGGAUCAGAUGGACCCCCCUCGCGGCGGUACCACCAAUGGUGCAUGACGUGCGGGGUGGGCCGCCGUCAUUGCUUUUUGCACUCUCUUUGCAUUCUCUAUACGCAUAACUCCUGGACUUGGGAAAGCUGCGGCGUGGAUGUUGGACUCUCUUUCGACUUAGGUCUUGGUCGCGGCCAU